UAUGCAGCUCCUCCCUUCUACCUCACUGGAUUUUGUCGGACAGUAAGACGCACAGUGAGUUUUGUGCGCGGUCAUGCAGGUGAAGAUCCAGACCUCUCUAAGGAUGGGCACCUUUCUCCUCCUCUUAUUACUCAUCACCUCAGAUGAAGCCCACGCAGACUUCAUCACAAAAAAUGUGGAACUCCUUAUCAAUCCUAGUAGUGAAGUUCAAAGAGGUACAAAUGUUACACUCACUUGCCAGGCAGAGAUCAGCUACAGCCAAGGGUCUCACCCCAACUACACAUACAUAUUCUACAAAGAUUACAUCAAGCAAUUAAAAACCUUUUCGACCAGUGCUACGAAUCAAACCUACUUCAUAAAAGAUGCCAGAGUGGGUCACUCUUCGAUGUACAAAUGUGCCGUGGUCAUUGAUCAGCGUGAACAUUACAGCAGUAUUAAAAAUCUAACAGUCAAUGGUCUACAGACACCACUUCUAACAGUGGAUAAAAUAAGGUUAACAGAAGGAACUGCUUUAACUGCUACCUGUUCAGCAGAGGGUGAAAUCGGUUCGCUGACAUUCCUCUUUAAAAAUGGAUCUAAGGAACUUCACAGCGAGGUCAGCCAUGAACACCGAAUUGAGCAUAAAAUGUCUCUUCCUGGGGGAACUGGGAAUUUGUCCUGCCAGUAUUUCAUCAACCUGGGUAGAACAAAUAUAUUUUCUAACAACAGCAAUUUGAUCAAGGUUAACAUUCAAGAGUUGGAGAUUAAACCUGUUAUCACAGUACGCCCAUCAACAGAUGCUACUGAGGGCGACAAUAUAAGAUUCAACUGCACUGUGGACAUGCUUCAGCAGCAAAAUUCAGAACUCAGAAUCUUUCUCGUUCGUGGACCAACCACACUCGAAAACAUGAUAAAAAACGAAUACAGCAUGCAGGUUAAGGCUAAUGACUCUGGGAAAUAUGAGUGCAUUUCACAAAUGGGUGCUAUACAAAAGUAUUCCACUGUGAACAUAACUGUAAAAGAACUUUUCUCAGUGCCAGUUCUGAGCAUAAGUGCAGCUCAGGUGUUUGAGGGAGAAAGCAUCACUGUCACCUGUCAAGUCAACAGCUUUGCCUCAGAAAGAAUCCAAAGUGAUGAAAUAAAGUACUCAAUAUUCAGAGACGAUGCACUUCUUAUCAGGGAGGGCAAUUACAGUGUCACGGCAAGCAAAGAGACCAAUGGAAAAUACAUGUGCAAGGCUGAAGCGAAAUCGAUUAGUAAGAAGAGUUGGAGUUUGGUGUUUGAAGCAAAAGUUUUUGUAUCCAGGCCUGAGAUCAGAGUAGAUGGUCCUGUUAUUGUGGGUAAGCCAUUUAGGAUCUAUUGCCAUUCUGAGAAUGGAAGUCUGCCCAUAUCUUACACCCUAAAGAGGGACCACUUAAAUCUGAACUGGACCGAGGUGUCCAGCCUUCACAAUGAGGCUUCCUUUUUGGCCACGGUAUCAACUCCUGCAGAAAUCAGUAGUUACUGGUGUGAAGCAAAGAAUACUGGCCCACCCAAAAAAGGGGAAAGGCUUAAUGCAUCAGUAAUAGUUCCAGUAGGGAAGCCCUUACUCACAGUUCUUCCAGUACCAGGGGACAUCAAAGAGGGUGAUAACGUUACUUUGAUAUGUGGCAUUCCGAAAGGCUCUCCACCCAUAAGUUUUAGGUUUUAUAACAGCAGUUCCUCACAUCUUCAUACCGCCACAGUUUCAAGUAAUUCUUUCGCGUACACACUGACAGAAGUGAACAGACAGCACAGUGGAACGUACUACUGCGAGGCGUUUAACCAAGCUCAAGAAACCAGCCAGAGUGACUCCAUCACUUUUAAAGUGAGCCUAGCAAUGUGGAAAAAGGCCUUGAUUGCUACAUUCAGCAUGCUGUUAGUAGCCCUGCUGGUCCUUUUCUUCAUGAUGUACUACAAGGCCAAGCAAGGUAAAAGAGAGAUGCCUGCCAAACUAUCAGUAAAGCCUGCAAGCCCUAAAUCUGAUGAGAUUUUAACCCUGAAUCUCAUCAAUGAUACUCAUUAUAGCGCUGACACAGUGAGGGUCAAAGACAAAGAGAGUGUUUGGAGUGAAAGACCCCUAGAAAGUGCAGGGUCAUCGAACGCAGGUGAUGUGGAGUACACAGAGGUGGUUCAUCCACAGCAUCUAGAUCCUGCACGAAUUCUUCUAAGAAAAGGCACAGACACUGUGUACAGUGAGCUACAGACUUCUCAAGGGGCUCCUGAACACUUAAACCAUCAAGAAAUUCAAGAAUAUGUUAAAAUCAACCUUGACCAACUUCCCGAACCUGUGGAUUAGCAGAUUUCCGUUGCCUCAAAACCUUUUCUGGGGAUUGAUGUUGCCUAUAUGUGCCAAAACCUUCUAUCCUCCACUUUCACACUAUGUACAGUUUGUUCUAAAAACAACAUGCUUUCACAAGUUUAAGUAAAAUUAAAUUAUUUUGUGCUAUUACCUUUUUAUUAAAGUUGAUUGAAUUUGUUUGACUUAU